UAAGACAGAAAAAUUUACUAUGUUUAGAGCAUUAACUUACGAGUAACAGGAAAAGGAACUAAGACACUUUACUAACAUCGGUUUGAUCUUCAUAUUCGUGGACCGUUGUUGGCCAAAUCGUCUUAUCUGACUGUUAGUGUCACGUUACAAAAUUGUAAACAGAAAUUCAGUUAACCGUUCGACAGCAGACGGAGAUAGAUUUUGUUAGCUGUCAAUUGUUUCAGUUGUGAAUAGUGUAUGGAACAUUCCGAGAAAAUCAAAGGCAUGUAAUCGGCAGUGUCGGCUGUAUCACUUGUUUUGUAUAUGUUUAAGUUACUUUCAGUUCACGUGUAAUUUAAAAAGCUAACAAUGGAAUUUGGGUUUUGUUUAGUUUUAUAAAAUAUUUGACUUUAGGAUAAAAAUUGUGUGCACUUAGCGCUGGUGUCCAAGAAUAUUAACGAAAGUUGCCAUACCUUACUUGUUAGAAUGACAAGUAAAAAGUUAAUACGGAAGGAAAGAUUUCUUGAGAGAUUAUUAAAGGAAGGAAAAGAAUAUUUAUUUGCAAUGGAAGAAUUGCACGACUGUUUAAAAAAACAUUCGUGUGAAUACAAGAAGAUGCUAUUCGUUAUAGAUCGCUACUCUCGAUAUAAGACACAAUUAAAGGAGAAUAUGGAGGAUUUGAUAGUGCACGAUAGUGACGUUUUGGAUGAUAAUGAUGACGAACAUAUAGAAGAUGCCGAUGAUAUGGAGCAUAUGGACAUAGAGAUGGAAGGAUAUGGAAAUGAGGAAGAUUUUGUACUCCUCAAAAAAUAUUUUCACAGUUUUGAUAGCAUUGCAUAUCAAAGGAAUAUUCUCGCUAACAUGGAAAUGUUAAUUUUGCGUAUGUUAAUAGUGGAUGGAUCUCUGGUAAAUAUUGAGUUUUCGGUAUAUUCGAAGUUGAAGAUCCUUUUGAAAAAUUAUUAUCAAAGAAUUGAAAAGUUUGUUGAACGAAACAAGACGCUGGUAGAAUUCCAAGAUAAUUUUGAAAAAAAACAACUGACGAAGAGCUUUGGAAAGAAAUACAACCAACUGCAGCAGCUUUUACUUAAGAUUACCGAGAAAGAAAUAUUUCUUGUGGAAACUAUGGUGCAACCGCGUGUGAUUAAGAAUAACGGGGAAAACAAAAAUAAUUAAAAUUCGUAACGUGAUGUCAGUAUAUGUAUGCACAUGAAAAUUUUGCAUUUAUAUCAGUGCAUGCAUUUUAACAUUUAUAUCAGUUCGAUGUGUCAAAAAUAAAUACAUUUUGAUUAGAGCGUUAA